UCGCAGAGCAUUGCGUCAUCUCCGUUGCACGUCUUCUUCCCAACCUAGUUGACGAGGAUUCAGCGGUUCAGCGGCAACCCCCUUCCCCAUUGGUAGCAAGCUGCACCAUGCAGCUCUCGCCGUCCCUGUCCCCCCCAUCGCAGCAGUCGCAAACCGCAUCGGCCACGGAUCGGUUCUCCCGCAUUGCCUUCAGGGUAGCAGGCUCAUUUGUGUUUUCAGGAUCUCAUGUCGUCCUUCCACCAUGUCCAACCUAAAUUGGCACACUCGCAGGCUCCCCUACCUCCACAGGAAUUGGAUGGCAGCGGUCAGCCACUGGCAGACCAUGGGCAUCAAACUAUCCUCCCCAUCCCGGCAACCCGGCGACAAGUUUCUCGACCACGACGAUGACCACUAUCAUCGUCCGGCCAAGCGCCGUCGCUUUGCCGCGAACUCUCCCGAGUCUGGCGCUGGAGUCGAUGACCUGGACGGCUUCUUACUUCCAGGCGACCGCGACAAGGUCGAAAAGGCCUUGCGCAUUGAAGUUCUCAAGAUCGACCACAAGGACUCGUCUCGAGUCAAGUUCAGCGGCAUUUUCAACGGCCUCAUCCCGCCCCAGGUCAAGGACGUUACUGACAGCACGGCGCGCUGCCGUAUCUCCAUCUCCUGCCAGAGGAACGAUGAGCGCGUGAUACUGCAUGUUGACAGCCAGAUCUGUACCAUAAAGACCUUCAAGAACCCUGUGGGGCCGUCCCGCACUUCGAGGAUCUACCUCCCGCAACCAUUCCAUGUCCCGCAGGAGAAGAUCCUCAUUGAGCGGGACGACGAUGACGUCUUCGGCCUUGCCGAGUCUUACACAGUGCUCGUUGAGCUCGAGUCGGCCGGGGACCCCAACUGGCCACCACUAAACCUAGCUCCCCCAAACGACGACGAGCACGUCUUCUACAACCGGGGAGCCCAGUCGUCCCGGCAGUGGGUCCUUAGUGCCAGUAUUGCCGAGAUGUUCAACCGCAACCGGAAGGCGGUUGCUUUGCGCCUCAAGAAGAGGAAGCCCCAACCCGACGUGCUUACCGACUACGUUUUGGAUGUUGAUGUCCGCUGGACCUCGGGCCUCUCGUCUAGCAGAAUGGCCAGGCGCUUGGAGAAGGACGUCAUGCCUUCUAUCACGGUGAUUCAUCCCAGCGAGGUUCUACCACCGGAUCCGCCCGUGACCAACGGCGUGGCGAUCGUCCAUGGCCUCGACGGCCAUGUCAACGGGGAUUUGGUCAACGGUGACGCAGGCGCCUUGGCGAAUGGUCACGUUAACGGCGAUGUUCUGGAUGACGCGGAUGAACAGGCGGAAGGGGAGCUCACUCCCAGCCGGUCACGCAGGGCGAGGCAUCAGAUCAAUUACAACCUGAAGCUCCUAAGCGACCAGGCGGCGGGCAAGGAACGGCGGAGACGAAGGAAGGCGGCGGGCGAAAAAACCGAUCACGCGGACGAGUGCAGAAUCACCUAUCUUCUCCCGCCGGAGCAGUUUUCGGUGGACGACUUCUCGUGCUGUCUGUGUGGCGCCCCUCAUCAGUCCCUCAGUCAGCUCCGCGCUCAUCUUCUCGGUCACGAGAAGUACGAUUUCGAUUUCGAUCUGCGCCCAAAGGGAGGCUACCAUGUCUCGGUUGCCCACAUCCAUACUGGCGGCAGUGGUGCUGUUUCUCCGCUCAGGAGCAAGGUGUACCAGCUCGGCCGACCUAUGAGGCCGUUUGACCUUGAGAAAUUCUUAGACGGGGACGAUUCGUGGAUUACUUCUCGAUUGGGUCCGGACAACGAUCGUGACCUGGGCCCCAUGAAAACCGUAGGCCCAAAGGCUCUGCCAGAAAUAACUGCUCCUAAGGCGAAAAGGAAGAGAGCGCUGGUCCCCCACACCAAGCAGCCGCUCUUCGACCCGUUGAGCAAGGUACUCCUUGAGCCGGGUUCGGAGAUUAGGCCUUAUGUCGCAGAUAGUACCUGGCUUAUCCAGAAGCACGGCGACACCCUCCAAGACUUUGUUGAUGUCGAUGCCAAUGAGAAGGAGUACAUCAAGGUGUGGGAUGCCUUCAUCAUGAAGUUGCACCUCACCUCGGAACUAUAUCUUCCCCGGGAGUUCCUAUCGUUCGUCAGGCAGAAAGCGCCGUGGAUUGUCGCCAAACCGUCUCGAGCCCACGAGUUCAGCAAGCACGCCUUGGUCUUGUACACGCGGAACACGAUUGACGAAGGCGUCAUGAACACUGCCUUGCAGUGUCUAAACGAGGCGAGACUGCAGAAGCCUCUGGAGGAACCGAAACCGUCACCCAAACAGAAAUUAUCCAAUGGAUGUGCGGUUUGUGGAAAGCUGGUAUCAGGACCCUCGUAUCUAGUCUGCUCCGAGGCCGACUGCAAGAAACGGCUCUAUCACGAUUAUUGCGUGACAGAUCCGAAAAUCCCCAUUGAGGACAGGGAUUUCUGGAAAUGCAACAGCUGUGCAAAAUAGCUUUGGGGUCUAGAGGAAGUUAUGGGACGGCUCCAGGAGGUAGUUGGGGCUCAUCCGUCUGAGGAG